AAUCUGGAUCUGCUUUCUUGCCUGUCUUCCCAGAUCUGAAACAGAAUGAUGAACGAAGAAAAUCUUACCAUAAUAACAGAAUUUAUUCUGGUGGGUCUUUCAGGUGAUUCUCAUCUUCAGUUUUUGUUGUUCCUGAUAUUUUUAUGCAUUUACAUUAUCACUGUUCUUGUAAACACCACUGUAAUUAUUCUAUACAGGAUUAGCCCAAACCUCCACACCCCAAUGUAUUUUUAUCUUGCCAACUUCUCAUUUCUAGAAAUAUGUUACAUAACCUCCACCGUACCCAAGAUGUUAUCAACCUUUCUGUCAAAACACAAAACAAUCUCCUUCUCUGGAUGUGCAACACAGAUGUACUGCUUUCUUCUUUUGGGGGGCACAGAGUGCUACAUGCUUGCAGUCAUGGCUUAUGACAGAUACCACGCCAUAUGUCAUCCUCUGUUAUAUACCAUUAAUAUGAAUAGAAGAAUUUGCAUUCGGCUCAUAGGUGGGUCCUUGCUCGUUGGUGCGAUAAAUUCUCUUAUACACACUGUCCUAACAUUUACAUUGCCCUUUUGUCGAAAUACAGUCAAUCAUUUCUUUUGUGAUAUCCCCCCUCUGUUGAAACUUGCAUGCAUUGACACCUGGGUCAAUGAAACAGCCAUCUUUCUCAUAAGCGGCUGUGUUAUUGUCGGAUCAUUCAUAUUAACGAUGAUUUCGUACACACAUAUAAUUUCAACAAUUCUGAGAAUUCGUUCAACGUCCGGGAGAAAUAAAUCCUUCUCAACUUGCGCCUCUCAUUUUACAGUUGUUACUAUAUUUUAUGGUUCUGGCAUUUUUAUGUAUUUUAGACCAAAGUCAAGCUAUUCAAUGGAUCAAGACAGGAUGAUAGCUGUCAUGUAUACAAUUAUUGCCCCACUAUUAAACCCAUUUAUAUACAGUCUGAGAAACAGAGACGUGAAAAUAGCUGUCAAGAAGUUAAUGAUUAAAUUGAGCUCAAGUAAGACGUUGUAA